GUAUGAUUCAAUAUGGUGUGAUACCGUUUUCUCCAAGUAUUUUACAGAAGUCUUACCGUCGAAACAUAAAUUUGCUAAGAUGUGGUAACGUGUUUAUUGCAUUUAUUAAUUAUAUAGAACUGUGAGGGCUGCGAUUUUUCUCUCCUGAUCCGGAUGUGGAUAUAUUUGUGAUAAAUGUAUCAAUUUGCUCCUAGAAGUAAACUGAAUUUCACUAUGGUUUCUCAUUUACAGUUUAGAUUUCCAACAUUAGCAGUCUAUACUGUAUCGCUUCCUCUCACGUCAUUUUUGUUCUGUGUGCUAUGGUCACUCUUGUUUAAUUUUGAAAGUGCAACAUUCACGCAUUGUCGAGUGGCGAAUUAUUUACCAUCUAUCAGUGCUGCUAUUGGUAGUUUCACACCUCAGAGAUAUAUCUGGCAAAUAUGUAUUGCAAUUCAUUCUGCACCAAGAUUCCUGGUAGUUGCAAUGUACUAUUCGUAUCUUUGUGAUAUCCUCUUUAAUGAACCAAUAUGGCAAUGGCUUGCUUCUGUUAUAUUCUUGCUACAAAUUACUGAAGUUGGUAGUUUAUUAGGACUGACGUUUGUGUCUUCUUCUGAAAAUUUUCAUAUUCAUGAACUGUGCUUCAUAACAUUUAUGGGUUCAGCAUUAUCGAAUAUGUUGUUAUUGUACCUUGCCAUAAGACAAGGUAGUAAACAUAAACUGACAGUUAUAGAAAAGUUAUCACUAAGAUACAAGUUAAUAUUUGGUGUGACAAAUAUAACUUCAUUUUUUCUAGCAGUGUAUUUCUAUUUUCGUCAUAACUGGUAUUGUGAACCAGUUGUUUACACAUUCUUUGCUUUCUUUGAGUACAUUGUUGUUAUAACAAAUAUGGGUUAUCACAUGACUGCAUACUGGGAUUUUUCAGAUCACAUUAUAACAGUUAGCUCUUGUUGUAGUGUGUCUGUCACACCUAAAUCGCAUGCAAAAUUUGCUAUGAAUGAUUUUGAAAUAAAAAUAGCAUAAGAUUUUCAAAAUUUUAAAAGAGAAAGUAUUAUUUGAAUGUUGUAGAUGUUAACUGGAAGUUCAUUUUAUAUAAAAAUAGGCUAAUUUUUACUGAUGUAUUGACUUGUUAUUAUAACAGCUUGAAUGAUGGUCACUUCUAGAAAGAAUCACUGUUGCUUAAACUCUGGAAAAAAAAAAAAAAGUAUUUGUUAAAUUGGCCACUGUACUUAGAUGCCAAAAUUGACAAAUUCACUCACACUGUCUAAGCAUGCAGAUUUCGAAUGUUAUCGGCAGAGGUUGAUACAGUGGCUGCUUUAACGGGAUUGUACCAAAAACUUGUUAAAUGUAGUUAUACAAUAUUAAAUGUUGCUUGCUUAAGGCAACCACCUCUUUGAAAGAUGGAAAUUUCUUGAACCAGGAGCCAUCAUCUUGAGGAGACUUCACAGUGCUUGGAUUAUAACUGUUGUGCUGAAAUUUUAUUGGUACUUGUGGAUCUUUGGAACAACCUGCAUGACCAAAAGGGCACCAAACUAAGCACAUAAAUCUGCAAUUGUCUCGAGAAUACCUUAAAAACAAUUUCCUUGGGCCUUUUGUGCUUGCUACAUUUUGCAAAAAUCUUUUUUCAUCUCUUUUAGGGAAAUAAGUCUUCUGUUUUGUGGCAUAUGCCACUCAAAUGUUACUGUUUCUGGAACUACUCUGAUAUGCGCCCUCAAGUCGCCAAAUUUCUCGCCAAAUACUUUUGGCGAGAAAACGCCUGCAUAUUACUAUCUAAAUUUUUUGUCUACAUUUUGA